CAAAUUUGAACAAAUUAAUGUCACUUACAGUCAGCAAAACAUGACCUGGAAAGGUCUGGGUCGUUCUAGGAUAAUAUAAUGCCUAUUUAUAAACCUAUGACUCAAAGUCAUGUACAAGUGAUUUAGGAUUGUUAUAUAAAGGGGUCGGCUUGCUGUCACAAUAUACAUUGGAAGUGAACACACACACGGCUACUAACAGAAACAGACCAGAAAUUGAUAACAAGAUGUCUUUGACAGUCAAAGCAACAUUACAUCGCGCAGAGCCCGAAAUACGACGCUUUCCUGUACCUGCAGAUGUGUCUAGCAGUUUCGAUUACUUGAAGAAGAAGAUAUCCGACGUAUUCCCCGGGCUGCACAAGGGACUCUUUUCUCUGUAUUGGAAAGAUCAAGAUGGGGACCUGAUCACAUUUAACUCUGAUGAAGAGCUGUUGGAAGCUUUGGGAUUUGUGAAUGAUGGCAUGCUGAGAAUUGUCAUAAAAGAAGGAAACCCUCAGCCUACACAAGAGCCAAACUCUGACGAGGGGACCGGAGUACAACACCCCAAUGUGGUCUGUGAUGGGUGUGAGGGGGCAAUAUUUGGUGCACGCUUCAAGUGUGUCAUCUGCCCAGACUACGAUUUGUGUGCAAGGUGUGAGAAGCAAGGAAUUCAUGGCGAACAUGACAUGAUGAAGUUAACCACCCCCAUUAAUGGAGGACAAGGACUUUUCGGAUCAUUUUGUGGGCCUCCCCCACAUGGCCAACAUGGACCUCAUGGGUUUGUGCCCCCUCCUCACUUCCGUCGCUGGAUGCAGAGGUUCAUGAGGCGCUGGCAUAACAGGAAUGCUCCUGGCAACUGUGGAGAGGAAGGUCAGAACCCUGAAACUGAGGAACAACAGGAAGAUCCCCAAGGGGAUGGAACUCCAGAAGAAUACCUCAAGACAAUUGGAGAGUCUGUCCAGGCAAUGCUCGACCCCUUUGGAAUAGAUGUAGAUGUGGAUGUUGAGACCAAUGGACGCAGAAGUCACUGUGGUGGAGGGAGACGUGGCAGAUCUGCUGGACGUGGCAACUGCAGAGGGCGUGGCCAGUGGGGAGGAAGCUGUCCCAGGAUGGGAUCCCGUGGUAAUGGAUCUUGUCCCUUUGCCCAGGGGAAGGGCCCAGCCAAGAAACAAGACGAGGAGAAUCAGAAAAGAGGAAAGGCCGAACCUCAGAAGACGGGAGACGGAGAGCCAUUGGUGAAGGAAACAACCCCUACCCCAUCUCCUAUGCCCCAGACUCAACAGCAAACCUGUCCCAUGAACAUGGAGACCAGUGGGAAACCAAAAGAAGCAGAUGAGUGGACUGUGUUGUCAGGGGAGGUGGAAGCUGAUGGACAGCAUCCAGCACCUUUACAACCUAUCCCAGCCUCUGCACCACAAGUCCCUGGGUCUGCUCCUGGGUCCUUCCCCCAGCCUGCUCAGGGUACUGCUCCCGGAGCUGAGCUGAUCUACCCUCCCUCUGACCCCAGAGUGAUUGAUUCCCUCAGUCAGAUGCUGGCAAUGGGAUUCCAUAACGAGGGAGGCUGGCUUCAGCAGCUGUUGGUAGAAAAAGACAGCGACAUUGGAAAAGUCCUUGAUGAGAUAAAAAGACGUCAAGUCUCCAGGCAGAAUGCUAAUGGACACAUGGCCUAAAGCUGAUGUUUUCAGACUUAUUUCGGAAACGACUUCUGACCUUGCCCUCGGACAGUGACCUUUGAACCUUUCAUGUUAUUUGUAACCAUAGUAUGUAACCUGAUGUUUAGUGGUAUCUAAAUCACAUGUUUUGUUUUAAAUAUAUUGCUAAUUAAGAUUUAGAGAAUUUUCCUCAUUUGGCUGUUUUCAAAACUGUUAAGCAUUAAUGCUUUAAAUAUAUUGUUCAUAUUCAAGAUUUAGUAAAAUUUGCAACAUUUGGCCGUUUUCAAAAUUCUUAAGAAUUCAAUAUCUGAUAACCAUAUAUUUGUAUACUUUUUCAUUAAUAUUAAGAUAUAUUGUAGAAAAGGAUGGAUAUGUAUAUUGUCAUAGUAUCAUACUUCCCAGUUUAGGCCGUUUUCAAAAACAACUGUAUUUUGAUAUGUAUGUUGUAUUGAACUUUAUGUACCAUAUAGAUAUUGUACACGAUCAUGAUUUCGGCCCAAGCAUAACAUACCAUGAACCGAGUCAUUCUGAGGACAAUGUACCUGGCAACGUGACUGUUCCACGAGUAUAGUGCUAUACUGUAUGUAGCAGGACAAGUUAUACCUAGUGUGUGGUAGAUCUUGCAUAAUGCAUAUUGAAGCAGCCAGUUUGACUCAAUUUUUAUAUUGUUAUGCUUAUAUUGGUGUUGGUAUAGUAUUUACUCUAAUUUUUUGUGGUUUUAGUUGAAAUUCCUAAGGUAUUGAAUCAAUAAUUGUAUUACAUCUUAUUGAAAAUAUUAAUUGGUUACAUUUUACCGAAUUGUUUCUUAUACAUGUAUUGCUUUAUUGUGAUAAAGGGGUAAUAUCAAAUGAAUAUGAUCUAUGGUUAGGAUACACAGGAGACACCUUUCUAAUUAAGCUUCUAUUGAAAAAACAAAAUUUAUUUUUAGGAAGAAUAGGUAUAAAAUCAUAUUAUAAAUUUCUGAUAAGACUUGAGCAAUGAUUAUGGUCUCUUCAUUAGACCAUUGUAAGAGAAAUAUGAACUGUUUCCUCAUUGCCAGUGACACAACUUAUUUUUAAGUUGAUUGAUGUCAAGUUUUUGUGUAUGCAUUGGACCUUUUCAAAUUUGAAUAUUUUCCUUACUAUAUAUGGUUAUAAUGAUUGACUGUUAUCCUUAUUGUAACAUAUAUCUAUUUGUUAGUCCAUGACCAGGAUUUGGUAGUUAAGUGAUUUUGGGGUCAAAUGUGGUUAUAGAGAUUCACAUUCAGAAAGGUAACAGAAGGCGUGGAAAAGUACUCCAACUUUGGCUGCAAAAUAAGUUAAAUACCAAACAAAUGAUAUUUGAAGAAUGAUUCAAGAGAGGUCUGAAUAAGAAAGAAAAGGAAGGUUGUUGUGAUGAAGGUCACUGUAAAAAGUGAAGUUUAGUUUGACAAGGUCACGAGGGUCAAGGUGGAAGGUCAAGUUUGGAAUUGAACCAAUGAGAGCAAGGAAAGAAGAGGAGCAAUCACCAAUGGACUUUCACUUUUACUAAUAUGUAUUACCGUAUAUAUGUGUCAAAUAAACCUGUCUAAGUCAAUGCAG